AUGCUUGCAGCGACCUACCUCUUGCGCAACAAUGGCUUCCGUCCGAACCCAUUCAUGCUCUUCGGCUUCUGGACCAUGCGUCCUCGAGCUUCGGGCUUUACGCUUUUCUUCUUCAUUAUUGCCCGCGUGUGCUUCGGGCAGAAGGGCGAUGAAAAUUCAUAUCUAUGGAGCAUGAAGGAUCACGUCGUGGAAGACACACUCCUUAACGUGGUGUCCCUGCCUUUUGCGCUAUGGUACAUCCUCCACCGCCCCGACAGUCUUGCAGCAGGGUUAUGUUCAGACAACUCCUCAUACCUCCGCUUCUGGGAUUCGUUCUACGCCAUUGGGGGCGCGGGUGGUAUUGCUUCUUUCUUGCUCGUGGUUAUGCUUGGCCACGUUUGCUCGAGGGACCGCAAGAAGAUCGCCUACGACCCCUUGAGAUUCGCGUCUCACUAUACGGGUUCGACGGGUGAGCCAUUGUCCAAGUUCUGGAGGUUCGUCUUCUUCGUCGGCGGGAUCAACAUGAUUGUGGCGUUCGCGACAAGUUGGGUUAUUUGGAGCACAUUCGUCAUCAACGCUGGCACAGACUUCUGUCCCGGAAGUGUUGUCGGCGAGGGGAUUGCCUGGGGUGUUGCAUUGUUCCUCAAUGCUUUGAUAAGACCUAUCCUUGGGGGUCCGAGUACUUCAUGA